CCCCUUGCAAGGGUUUAGCGAGGGAAGAGCAGAUGGGCAGCGCCGCAGUGGACAAGACUGAAGAAGAGCUUCGCAAGGAGAUCGAAGAGCUCCAUCGCCAACAAUGGGAGAUUACGGAGAGGCUUAGAGACCCAAGAGGGCUACGCCGUGGAGGCUUGGCGGCCGGUAGUCCUCGCAAUUUCGGCGCCAACGGAGCUCGCAAUCGGGGCUUCGUUCGACCAGCGGAUAGGACUGACCCUGAGGAUCAGCCGCCUCCUAAAAGGCGGCUAUCGUCCGCGAUUGUUAAGGUGGAGGAUGGCGAGAUCACUGAGGAUGUUGAAGCAGCAAAAGACAUUGAGAAAGAUAAUUCAAUUAUGGAAGACCCUGCUGGAGACAUUCCAACUGCUGUUAAUCAGAGUGAUAGAAAACCAUCCAAUUUUCGGCAAACUGGUUGGUCGAGGAAAGAAGGCAAUCAAAGAGCAGCCAAGAUGGAUUUUGAAGCUCCAGUGACAGAGCAUGUUCCAAGGGUUUUGCCAAAGAACGACGACCCGAGCUUGGUUAAUAGGAACAAAAGAAUGUUGGGUCAACUUAUAGGGACAUUAGAGAAAUUCAGAAAGGAAGACAUGAAACUUUCAGGAACUGAGGCAUUCAUGCGUCGGUCAAAUUCUUUACAGAGAGCUGAGCAAAGAGCACGUGAAGAAAGUGAAAAGCUGAGGCAACAAGAGCGUGAACAAAUUGCAGAAAAUCGGAGACGAGAUCUGACUCUCAGAGCUCGUGUUGCUGCCAAGGCAGAAGAAAAGAAGUUGGAAUUGCUGUUUCUUCGGUGGAGUGAGCACCAAAAAAGGCUUUGCAAUUAUCUAAGGACCAAAGCAGAGCCUCCAAUAUAUUACUCAUUCAGCAAACCAUUGGAAGAAGAUGCAACUGUGGUUGAGCAGCAGAGGGAACAGGUAUUUCUAGAAUGGAAGACUGCUCGGAGAGAGGAACUGUCUGAAUAUCAGAAACAUAUUGAGGAGCAAUAUAUUGCCAAUGUUGAAAAGGAGUUAGAGAGGUGGCAAAAUAUGAGGAAAGCAAGGAAAGCAAACAAUGAUAUGCAGAAUUUACAGGAAACAAUGGACCAAGAAUUGGAAACCCAUAGGCUUGAGCAUGGCCCAAAAACAAGAAAAAUCCCUGGCGGAAACAACGAAGAUGAGGAAGAUGUGGAAGACAUUAAUGUUGGGGAGGACGACAUGAUGGACGAUGUGCUUGAUGUUGAUGAAAACAACAGGAGGGUGGAAGAAACAACAAAACUCGAAGCAGGUAAUGCCAGCCCACAUCAUGAUACAGGUGAUGAGUAGUGCUGGAAACCAUCCCAUUCAGCAUUCUACCAUGUUUCUUACUAGGUCUAGAAUUGCCUCUUAACAGGCAAUUUUUUCUUGUUCUAUUUGGUUCAUCUUUUAUUGUUCUUUAGAUGUUACAUAUGUUCAUGGGUUUUUCUUUAUGAACCUUUUUUCUUAUUUGUAUUGCUGAUUUUACUAUAUUGCUGAUGUUCUGUGGAGUAUGUAGGAAUGCUAAAUUAUGAUCAUCUUUUGCAUAUAAAUUAUGAUCAUCUUUUUACAGUAA